UUUGUCAGUAGAGAGGAGGGUUUUUCGUAACUUAACCGCAUAUAGAUGAUUUCCUUUCCCUCCAAAUCAUUCCUGCCGCUGUCGCAUUCCACUCGGACGCCGUCCCAUUGCAACUGGAUUUUGUUCAUUUCCUGAAUUUCUCUCUCUCUCUCUCUAUCGUCAUGGCCGAUUUUCAAAGCUCAACUCAUCGCGAGAGGUGGAUGUUCACCCCACAAGCUCUGAUAGAAAAAUGCCAUGCAGCAAAUCAGAGAGCUCUAAGGACACUUGAAAAGUAUGGCUCUACACGGUUGGAAGUUGAUAUUGACGGGUCGUUGUCCUAUCCUAAACCACAAACUAAUGCAAGAGAAAAUGGUGAUGGAAGGCAUGCAAUUCCAGAACCACUUAAUCCUAAUGAGGAGAAACUUAUGCGAAUCUUUUAUGAGCAAAAAAUUCAAGAAGUUUGUGGAGCUUUUGGAUUCCCCCAUAAGAUCCAGGCUACAGCCAUCAUAUACUUUAAAAGGUUUUAUUUGAACUGGUCGGUAAUGGAGCAUGAUCCAAAACAUAUAAUGCUAACUUGCAUAUAUACAUCAUGUAAGGUUGAAGAAUUCCAUGUAUCAGCAGAGGAGCUUGGCAAGGGGAUUCAACAAGACCAUGAAGUGAUUCUCAAUAAUGAGAUGAUUGUUCUUAAGAGUUUGGGAUUUGAUCUUAUUGUUUACGCGCCAUACCGAUCGGUUGAUGGUUUUCUCAACGAUAUGGAGGAUUUCAGCCAUGCGUUGGAUGAUGGGAAGCUUAAGGCUUUGGGGGAAGCUACCAAGCUGGAAGUUGACAAAACAAUGCUCACUGAUGCUCCUCUUCUUUUCCCUCCUGGGCAGUUAGCACUGGCUGCUCUCCGGAGAUCAAAUGAGGUACACAAAGUUCUCGAUUUCAAGAGAUACUUGGAGAGUCUUUGCUCUCAGCAAAAUGGUGCGCAUACUAGUCACGAGCUAACCAAAUGCCUGAGUGCCAUUGAUUCUGUGGUGAGUACACUUAAAAUCCCUGAAGCGAAGGAUAUGAGGCAUGUAGACCGGAAGCUAAAGUUUUGCAGGAAUCCGAGCUUGCAGGAUGAGACCAAAAAGCGUGAAAAGAAAUCAAAACACAAGUCCAAAAGAACUUUGAGCCAGAUGCAAGAAGUUCCUCCGCCUUGAGUGGACUCCUUAAGUUGGUAUCUUAGAUGAGCUUUUCAGGGUUUGGGAGAUUAUUGAUAUUUACAUGCAGGCAAGUCCAUAUCUCCAGGAAUGAAGCUUAAUUAUGAUCAGGUUGUACUUUGGUGGUCACUAUCUCAAGCUUCCUGCCCGAUUGAAAGUUGCAUUUUUGACUUCGCAUAUUUGUAUCCUGGAAGAUUAACCUCGACUUUCAUUUGCUUAGUAUGAUGCAUUUGGUUUUGUAUUUCCUGGGUUUAACAGGGCAAGUAUUCUCUUACUGGUUCGUUUCUCUUAUAUUCUAGCAAAUGUAAUGGAAAUUACAGUAGAAGUUACAGUUACUUCAAGGUUUCCUUAUUCUCUUCC